GUUUCCUUUUGUUUGGGAAAGGCAAUAACUGAAACGGCUCCCCACAUCCACAUACUUCGUGUCUUUUACCAGAAUGUUUUUUACAAUCGCUUUUUAGCCACCUCUGGAGUGUGUAGUACGAAUUUGAACAACCUAUUACGACACAAUUCGACAUUAUUUGUUUGUUUACACUCAACCGGAAGUGGCGGGACAUUGUUUGCUAUUUUUAGAGAUCACAUGAUUCUUUUAUUUACAUCAAGCACGUGAUAGGGAAGAUGAACCCCACAAGCCACAUGGAUUUACUGAAAUGCUUUACACGGAUUAGUUGCGACAAUUUUAUCACACGUAAAUAAUAUGUAAAUUAUAAGUGUAAAGAAUCAGUAACCUAUUAAUACAUUUGGAGAUCUUUUUAAAAAGCAAAUCGUUCUUUCCAGACAGUCAUUUAUUAAAAAAAAAUUAAUGAUGAUGAUGCAUAUAUAUUGCCCAAGUUUAUUCAUUCAAGUGUCUCAUUUAAAAACGAUAAUAACUAUUUUAUACCUUAGUCAACCUCCCUCUACUUAUGGAGAUGUUUACCCUUUUCAAAAUGUGUCCCUAUCAUUUGAUGAAAGGACAACAGAUUUAAUCAACAGACUUACAUUAGAUGAAAUAGUUUUACAAAUGGCUAAAGGUGGAGGAGGUGAAUAUGGUGGUCCAUCUCCAGCCAUACCUCGUCUAGGUAUUAAGAAAUUCCAGUGGGACACAGAAUGUUUAAGAGGUGAUGGAUAUGCAGGUAAUGCCACAUCAUUUCCACAAGCUAUUGGUUUAGCAGCAACUUUUAGCGCUGAUGUUAUUUAUACCAUAGCAGAGGUAACAGCCAUUGAAGUUCGUGCCAAACAUAACGAUUAUGUUAGUAGAGGAAAUUUUUCAGAUCAUACUGGACUUGGUUGUUUCAGCCCAGUUAUAAACAUUAUGCGGCAUCCAUUAUGGGGUAGAAAUCAGGAAACGUAUGGAGAAGAUCCAUAUCUAAGUGGUAUGUUAGCUAGAUAUUUUAUACAAGGCUUACAGGGAGAUCAUGAACGGUAUAUUCGAGCUAGUACAACAUGUAAACAUUUUGAUGCCUAUGGUGGUCCUGAAGAUUUACCAAUUUCAAGACAAAUAUUUAAUGCUAAGGUAUCUGAGAGAGAUUUACGUACAACAUUUUUACCCCAGUUUAAGCAGUGCGUAGAUGGAGGAGCAUAUGGUUUCAUGUGUAGUUAUAACAGUGUAAAUGGCGUACCUGGUUGUGCUAACUCCCACUUAUUAACUGAUGUGUUACGGAAUGAUUGGGGUUUCAAAGGUUAUGUGAUAAGUGAUGCUGGGGCUGUAGAAUUUAGCAUCAUCUGGCAUUUCUAUUUUAAGAGCAUCCUUGAUGCAGCAGCUGGAUGUGUAAAGGCUGGAUUAAAUCUAGAACUAGGACCAACAGGUUUCAAGCAUCAAAUUUUUGAAUCCAUUGGGAAGGCUGUGCAAGCAGGACUUUUAACAGAAGAAUUAGUCCGCGAAAGAGUUCGACCCAUUCUCUACACUAGAAUGAAGCUUGGAGAAUUUGAUCCUGUUAAAAUGAAUCCUUAUAAUUUCAUCAAUACAUCAGUUAUACAAAGUAAAAGACAUCAGGAUGUAUCAGUACAAGCUGCUAUUAUGUCUUUUGUUUUACUCAAACACAAUGGACUUCUACCAUUGAAAGAGAAAUUAAAAAACAUAGCUAUAGUUGGACCUAUGUCAAAUAAUCCAACACAAUUACUGGGUGACUAUUCAGCUGAUGUUGAUUUCAACUUCCUGGUAACACCAUUGAAGGGAUUAUCCCCCUUGGCAGAUCAUACCAAUCAUGCAGAUGGUUGUAAGGAUACAGAAUGUAAAGAAUAUGAGAAAGACAGUGUAUUAUCAGCUAUAAAAUCUGUUGAUGUUACUGUUAUUUGUCUUGGAACAGGUCAGGUUAUUGAAACAGAAAAUGUUGAUAGAAGAGAUAUAUAUUUACCAGGAAAACAAAAACAAUUAUUACAAGAUGUUAUUCAGUAUUCAAGUGGUCCUGUCAUAUUAUUAUUAUUUACUGGUGGACCUAUAGAUAUAUCAAUAGCAGAUAAAUCAUCUAAAGUAGCCGCCAUAUUUCAAUGUUUCUUCCCAGCUCAAGCUACAGGAACUGCCUUAUAUAAAGUUUUAACACUAGAAUCUGUUAAAGCUAAUCCUGCUGCUAGAUUACCAUAUACAUGGUAUUCUAAUAUGUCACAGGUACCUGAUAUGACAGAUUAUACCAUGACAGAGAAAACUUAUCGUUAUUUUACUGGCAAACCAUUAUAUCCAUUUGGCUAUGGUCUGUCUUACUCAUCCUUUUUAUACAGUAAUCUAGUCAUUGAUCCUGCCACUAUAGAGGCAGGUCAAAAUGUAACAGCAUCAUUUACCAUAGUAGAUAAUGGAAAAUAUGACGGUGAUGAGGUCUGUCAAGUGUAUAUAUCAUGGUUAAAUGCUACAGUAGAAACACCUAGAUAUCAAUUAGUUGGAUUUAAACGUGUUCAAUUAACACGUAAUGAACCUGUACGUAUUGUUCUACCUAUAAAAUCAGAUCAAAUGGCUGUGUGGAUUGAUAAUAAAGGUUUUGUAGUAGAACCAGGUGUGAUAAAAGUUUAUGUUGGAGGACAAUCACCACAACAACAGACUAGAAUAACAUCUAAUCAACUGGUUUCUCAGUUUACAAUCAAGUAGAAAGUUCAAUACAUUCUACAAAGUUUGCAUUAAUAAUAUGUGAUUUUACACCUUCAAGAACAUUUUGAAUUUUUAGCAGAAGAGCAAGGGGCCAAAUCACCCUAUAAUGAUCAUUUCGUAUGUUAAUUUUAUUCAAUACAAGAUUGUUUUUGUGUAUUAAGAAACGUUUAUUGAUAUGUAGAAAUACCUGCACCGGUAUUUUGUGUGAGGUACAGGUCAAUGCUAAAAUUCAUCUGUUGAAAAGGAAUGUACUUUAAAAACUGAAAUUCAACCAACUGGUAUUAAUCUUUUCAUUCUUAUUUUAAAUUCAAUUCAGUUAUCAUAUUGCAUAGCCAAGGUGUUGAAAUUGAAUGUUUUUAUACACCCACAUUUUCAUGUGGACGUAUUAUGUUGUUGCCCUUGUCCAGCCGUGUGUCCGUUCACAUUUUGUUUGUGGACACUCUAACGUUUUAUUUGAUUUUGACGUAACUUGAAAUAUAGGUUUAUAGCCUAAAGAUCUUGGUUCCUUUCAAUAUUGGCAUGUAUCGGAUCGUAACUUCAUGUUUUUAGCUUGUGGACACUCUAGAGGUCAAAAAUUUUAUCCGAUUUUGAUGAAACUUAAAAUAUGUGUUUAUAACCCAAAGAUCUCGGUUCCUUUCAAUAUUGGACAUAUCAGACUGUCACUUCCUGGAUUAUAACCCCUGAUAGUACGAAAAAUCAUGUCUUUAGCUUCACAAUUUUAAUUUGACUUUAAAAACAGUUCAAAUAUAUCACCAUUACACUGUAAUGAUGGUUGAAUUUGAAUUUCGUGAAAAUCAGACUGAAACUGCCCGACAAAAUGGCUGCUCCCUGUAGGCAAUAAAAGUAUGUAAUACCAAGGUUAUGGAGCCUCUAGAGAUCACGAUUUUUAUCUGAUUUUGAUGUAUGGUUAUAACCCAAAGAUCGUGGUUCCCUUCAAUAUUAGUGCAUAUCGGACCAUAACUCUCAAGUUUAUGUUUAUGCGUUUUUAGCUUGUGAACACUCUAGAGGUCACAAUUUUUAUUUGAUUUUGAUGAGACUUAAUAUAUGUUUAUGUCCCAAAGAUCUUGGUUCCUUUGGAUUUUGUUGCAUGUCGAACCGUAACAUGGAUUAUGGCCCCUGAUUCUACGAAAAAUGACUUUUUUUUUAGCUUGUUCUUUGUCCAUCUCUUGCAAAAUGUGGCCAUAUCUUGCAUGGUAACCGCUAGUUUAUUGUUAUAUUUAGAAAUGGGUUUUACUUACACCUGAUUUGUCUUUGUAGAAAUAUGUGUCAUAUUGGCUGAAAUUAACAUCAAAAUAUCAGACCUUGAGAUAGUAUAAAUUCUAAGUACUUUUAUGGAAACGAAAUUAAUUUAACUAUAAAUAUGUAUAUAUGUGUGUGUGUAAGGGAUAUAAGCCAACAAUUCCUUUGAAGGAAAAUAUGAUUAUGAGUUAUAUCUCUGUGAGAGGUGACAGGUGUCUUAAGAUAAAGUAUUGAUGAUAUUUAACACCCAGGACACCUUCCAAAUCAGGAUUAUCUGUACAAAUAGAUUAAACUCAACAUGUUAAAACUUGUUAAAUGCGGACUUAUUUCUGUCUCAAUCUUACUGUUACAGUAUGUCUGGAUGUCACAUGGAGAGUUGAAAACAGUAAAUGGAGAACUGACAGAUUUUGUUGAUAAUUGUGAUCCGAAUCAUCAUAAUUCCUGUGGUAGUGACAAGUGUUGUGUCAAAGAGAGUUUGACAUAUACUCCAGAAACCGCAGUAGGACCAAUGCCUAGAUAUAGAGUCAGCUGUAAACCGCUUGGUAUAAAGGGAAAAUCGUGUUUUGUAAGCAAACAGAGUGUAGAAGUCUGCCCUUGUGCCAAA